UAAAGUUCCGGGAGGCGGGCGUCCGGCGUACCGGCGCGGAAGUGUCCGGAGCCGUGCGCCUCCCCGUCGGGGCCCGCAGACAUGUCGUCGGGGGACGCGGGGCCCGGCGGGCGGGAGGGAGCCCCGCGCGCGGCCGCCGCUCUGUGCGGCCUGUACCACGAGGCGGGGCAGCAGCUGAGGCGCCUGCAGGAGCAGCUGGCCGCCCGGGACGCCCUCAUAGAGCGCCUCCGCGCCCGCCUGGCCGCGCUGGAGGGCGACGCGGCGCCGUCGCUCGUGGACGCGCUGCUGGAGCAGGUGGCGCGCUUCCGGGAGCAGCUGCGGCGGCGGGAGGGCGACGCCGGCGCCGUGGAGGCCGCGCUGCGCCAGGAAAUCCAGAGGCUGUCGGAGCAGCUGGCGGCGAAGGAGGCGGCGGCGCGGCAGCGGGCCAGCCCCGGCCCGGAGCGCGAGGAGGAGCUGGCGGCGCGGCAGCGGGCCAGCCCCGGCCCGGAGCGCGAGGAGGAGCUGGCGGCGCUGAGGCGGCGGGUGGCGGAGAAGGAGCGGGCGCGGGCGGCCAGCGACACCCUGUGCCGCUCCCUGGCCGACGAGAGCCGCCAGCUGCGCAGGACCCUGGCCGCCACGGCCCACAUGUGCCAGCACCUGGCCCGGCGCCUGGAGGCGGGGCAGGGCGCCGCGGGGGAGCAGAGGCCUGAGCCAGAACACGCAGGCGGGGACGCCUCUGUCCAGGCUGCGGUGCAGAAGCUCCAGGAGGAGAACCGGCUGCUGAAGCAGAAGCUGACUCACGUGGAAGACCUCAACGCCAAGUGGCAGCGCUACGACGCCAGCAGGGACGAGUACGUGCAGGAGCUGCGGGCCCAGCUGCGGACGCUGCAGGCCCCCCAGGCUGAGGCGGAGGAGCUGCUGAGGAAGGAGAUCGCCAGGCUCAACGGGCAGCUGGAGGAGAGGCUGGGCGAGUGCGCGGGGGCCGCGAGGGAGCUGGCGGCGGCGCGGGAGCGGGCGCAGAUGCUGGAGCAGCAGAUCCUCGCCUACAAGGAUGACUUCACGUCGGAGCGGGCGGACCGGGAGCGGGCGCAGGGCAGGAUCCAGGAGCUGGAGGACCAGGUGGCGGCCCUGCAGCGCCAGGCGCGCAGACAGGGUCCCCCAGAGGCAGGCUCCUGCCGGAUCCACACGGCGAGCAGAGCACCCAGGCACGCGGAGACCAAGGCUUCGGAGAGGCCCGUGUCCGCCUCCCGGGGCCCGGCCCCUGUGGAGGGCGGGGGCCCCGGAGCCGGCCGCAGAGGCCAGGGCGACCUGCAGUGCCCACACUGCCUGCAGUGCUUCCGCGACGAGCAGGGCGAGGAGCUCCUCAGGCACGUGGCCGAGUGCUGCCAGUGAGCCCGGGGCCGGGCGGUGCUCCCGGCCCCGACAGCGGGACCCCAAGGCCCGGGCGGAGGGUGCUCCGGCACUCACCUUGGGCCCCCUCGGGCUUGGAACAGAGGCUGGGCUUUGGGUCCCCACACUGUGAGGCUGGGCCGGAGCCGGCGCUCACGGGCCAGGGGAUGGCCUGCCCCCGCCUGCACCUGGGACGCUGCAUCUCGAGGGAGUAGGUGGCUGCCCGAGGAAGCCGCCCGUUGAUCCCCAGGGUGGAAGGCACCCCGGUUUGCAGAGCGGAGCACUGCGGCUGUGUGUCCAUUGAGGGGCCAUCUCGGCCUCGGCGGAACCGGGAGCACUGCAUUGCUUGGUUUCUGUCCGUCCGUGUUGUAGCCACGUACUUUUAUAAUAAACGCAUUUGCUGCAGUGGCUCAGGGGCCUGGGCGAGGGGCCCAGCAGCACUCUGGGCAGAGCCAGGCCAGCAGGGGAGAGGCGCUCCUGCUUGCCACCUUCUGUUGAGGCAGGGCUGCUCGCUGGGCGGCGGCUGGGACAGCGGACUUCAUCCCUGCCCAGGUGGGAGGCCCUCGCCGCCCUCUUCUCCCGAUGUCACUCCGGCAGUUCCUCCUGAUGCCUCGCGCUCCCUGCGGCCGGUCCAGGGUGCUUCUCGUUUCUUUACACGCUGCGCUUGCACCUGUUUUGUCUUCCACUCCUGCCUCCGCCUCCUGCUUUCUGGCAGUUUCCACACAGAACUGGAUUCCACACGCGCAGACGAGCAGGUCGGGGGGCCGCUGCAGAUCUGCUCUCCAGCGCGCUGUGUGCAGUCCCUUCUGUCUGGAAUGCUGCCCCCAAUUCCAGCCCCCGCUGCCUCCCCAGAUGCCAAUCUCUGCUUCUCCCACGGGCAGCGCGCUGGGCUCUGUGCUUCCUCCCCAUGGGCUGGGCCUGGAACGGGCUCCAUAUGGAGCCUCAAAAGCCCCAAACAGCCCAAGAACUCUUGGGAGACACCGAGCGGGAGGGGCCAGGCUCUGAUAUCAAACUGGACUGCAAGGCCACAGUCACCAAAGCAGAUCAGCACCAGCACCAGCAUGCGCUGGCCCGGUAAACCCUCGCGCAGGGCCGUUACUCUGACACAGGAGGCAAGAACAUACGUGGGGUGAGCCAAUACCUGAUGUCCCGGUUAAUAAUGCGGAUGUUUUAAAUAGACGGAGUCACACAUCUGUUGAUACACAUGUGACUUGAUUCGUAUGCUGUUUUGUUCUGACAACAAGCUUCAAAACUUCAUGUCAAAUUUGCUGAAGGUGUUAACAUAUUUUUAUGCUUAAAAAUGUUGAAUUUUGUGCCAAAAGAGCAUUUGCGGGAAGUUUUAAUUCAUUACUUUAUUUUGAAGAAAAGUGCUGCUGAAUACUUCGGGAAGCUUAUGGUGAGCAUGCUCCAUCUCAAGUUCCUCGUGACCGCUGGCUUAAACGCUUUAAAAGUGAUGAUUUCAAUGUGAAAGAUAAAGAAUAUUCAGGUCAACUAAAAAUAUUUGAAGACCAACAAUUACAAGCAUUAUUAGAUGAAGGUGCAUGUCAAACUCAAAAACAACUUGCAGAAAGAUUCAACAUUGCUAGCAAAAGAUUUCCGAUCGUUUACAAGCAAUGGGAAAGAUCUUAAAAGAAGGAAAAUGGGUGCCACAUCCACUGAACGAAAGACACAUGGAAAACCGAAAAGUCAUCAGGAAA